UACAAAACAUAUGGAAUUAGGGGGUGUUACCUCAAGUUAAUUUAGAUAAAUCAACAAGCCUGUAGCCUAACUCAGGAAGAGAUCCUUGUAACAGUGUAUGCGUGAAAGCCUGGACACAGGGAUAGGCAAUCCUGCCAUCUGAUCUACGCUGUUGCUAACAGGUUUCAGUACAGUCAGUGCUUCUGAAUUUUCCAGCACAGUAUCAUUUAACAAUUAAGGAAACAAAAUGCCAAUAAGCUGUUGUUUUCCCUAUAGGACGCCACAAGACGAAGCAAUGGGGUGGGCAGAGUCUGUGGACAAAGUUCUGGAAAGUAAAGCUGGCCGGGUUGCCUUCAUAGCAUUCUUGAAAUCAGAGUUCAGUGAAGAGAACAUUUUGUUUUGGAUGGCCUGCGAGGAAUACAAGAAAAUUAAGUCAACCACUAAAAUGAUUGAAAGGUCUCAGGAGAUCUUUACAGAAUAUGUCAAAGUGGGAUCUCCCAAAGAGAUAAAUAUAGACUGUGGAACUCGAGAAAACAUUACCAGAAAUAUUUCAACACCAACCCUCAACUCUUUUGAUCAUGCACAGAACAUAAUCCAUAGUCUGUUGGCAAAAGACUGUUAUCCCAGGUUUUUGAAAUCAGAAAUCUACAUGGCAUAUUGUCAGCAGAAUGAAAGGUGACUUUUCCCCGAAUAAAUGUUCAUCAAUGAAUAUUUCCCAGCUGGUUUCUUGUUUUUCCUUCAAUAAUUUAUUUAAAUAUGGUCAUGGUAUACAAUGCAUGUGUCUUCAGGCUGGAUCUGAAACAAACGUAAUUCCAUUAUCUUGGACAAGAAGUCAAAUAUAAUUAGUUGUAUAUAUAUUUAAAAUGUGUAUAUUAUGUACAAUAUGUAUAUGUGUGUGUGUUGGGAAGGGGACUCUUACCAAUAUUGUGAUCACUUAACAAACAUUUCUGAGUAAGCCUUGGGACUUCUUUCAAGUUGUCAGUCACACUGAUUAUUGUGGAUUGUGGAAUUAAACUAAAAACACUGAAUAUUCCCCAGACAUAAGAUAUUUUAGUAUUUAACAUUUUAAGGAGAUACAAUAGUUUAGAAUAUGAUGUAUUAUGUGCAAUACAGUAGAUUUGUUCAACAAGAACUUUUUUUGUUCAAGUCGUUCACAUCAGUACAUGCACAGAAACAGCAGUGCCACUACUGGGAAGUAUAGAUUAUUACCAGUAAAACCUUCUUCCAUUACUUUUACUGUUUUUAAAUAAAAGUUUUAAUGCAUGAAAUGACAAACAUAUUUGAAAUGGUCUGACCUUUAAACUCAUUGUUUGUUUUCUAUUUAUUUAUUGCUAUGACCUCUCCCUUGACUCUAUCACUCUUUUUCCAUCUCCUUAUGCUAAAAACCUAGGUGUUGCUCUUGACUCCUCCCUCUCCUACUCUCAACACAUCCCCUCCCUGUCAUGCACUUGCUGCUUCUUUCUUGGAGAACAUCUACCGAAUACGUCCUGUUCUCACUACUUAUUCCACCCAACUCCUGGUCCAAGCUCUUGUACUCUCCAGAUUGGACUACUUUAACUCUCCUUGCUGGUCUCCCUGCUUUGGCUAUCCGCCCCCUUUAGCUCAUUCAAAAUUCUGCUGCUCAUCUUUUUUUUUUCCCAACCUCGCACCCUCCACUGGCUACCUAUCUCUGCUCGCACUGCUGGUCAUGCCUUCCCUCCAAUCUCCAUUCUCCCGUGCCCGCUCCUUCUCUUCCCUCAUCCCUGUGUGGUAGAACCAGAUACCGGAGAACUUCAGGACUGCUCAGUCUCUCAUUGCCUUCUGCCGCUUCCUCAAGACCCACCUGUUUAGACUGCACAUAUAAAUCUAUUGAUCUAUCCCUCCUACUAUGCACUGGGCUUGCUUGACCUAAGCACCAUGUUACUGGCUCUUCAGCUGAUGCACUAUCCUUGCACUACUAUAAUGUUGUUGUAGAUAUAAAUUGUCUUAAUCCUGUUACUUCUUAUCUCAUACUGUAUUCUAGUAAUAUUUGCACUUACUGUAAACUACACUUUAUUAAAAAAAAAUGGUAUCCCCCCUACAUUCGCAGUGGCUAAUUUCAAAAGGUAGGGUAUUGUUUUUGCUGUUUCUUUCUUAUUAGAAUUUUCAAACAUAUUGUGCACUUGAUUGUAUCUUGUUAGGUAUAAGGGGUCACUUUUGUAGUUAAUAAACUGUUAACAACUAAUGUACUGCAUGCUAACAUAGUUUAUUGUGUUAAUAGUUUGUUAAUAUAUAUAUUAACCUCUUUCUAAAAAUAAUCUAUUGUACUUUAAAAGUGCCUUAAAAACAAAUGUAACCUCAUUGCAAUAAUAGGAUUGCCUUGGAGUUGAUCAUCCCAAAGUAGGAAUCUGAUUUUUGUUGAACAGUUUUGUUGUUAACAUGUAAGUAAGAUAGUUUCUAACAGUUAAUAAACUAGAAAUAAAGUGACCAGUUUAAAUGCUUUUGAAUCUGGCAUUUUCUGAAAUGUCUUGUCGGACUAAAUGUAACACCACAUGUCCACCUGUGCCAUGAAAGCAGUCUGUAAAAUACAAAUAUCACCUUGUUUUAAUAUCAAUGUAAAAUCUAAACUGCAAGGUCAAAGAUCACAUGUGUAUUAUGUUUUUGUAUUUUUCAAAUGUAUAAAUCCCUUCCCCAAUAUAUCCCUAUAAUUGAUUGCCUUUGGUUCUGCAACCCCCUUCAGUCUGAGCAUCAUUUGCCUGGUCUUCUCGUGAGUGUAUCCUAGCUGGGGUUGCCAGAUUUUGGAUUCAAAGCAGUUAGAUGUCUGUGGUCUGCUGCUGAUGGAAAAAUAUGACUUGUUUAAAAUUGCUGUGAACUCAGUCCUAAAGGCAAAUGGAAACAAGGCAUAUGCAAACACUGUUUAAAAGUUGAUUGUGGCGAAGGCCCUUUUUUAAAUGAUUGUACUGGAAAAAUUCCUUGGUUUUAGAAAAUAAAUAUUUGAUUCUUUAUGUAAUUUGUUAAAUUGUACUUUUUUCACAUUUGCAGUACUAUAUAUGUAAUGAUAUUCACCUUAUACAUUGUUUAUU